UCUCUCAUAUCUCUCUCUCUCCUCAAAAACCAUAACCCCUCAAAUCUCUCCUCCUUCUCCGGGCCGCCCCAUUCCGCCACCAGGAAUGGCCGAGCUCGCCCAAAACGGCGCCGUCUCCACCCCAACGUCCAGCUCCUCCAACACCUCCAAGACGAAAACCUACCCGCUCCUCCUCGGCCGGUUCGAAAUCGGCAAGCUCCUCGGCCACGGCACCUUCGCCAAAGUGUACCACGCGCGCAACAUCAAGACCGACGAGGGCGUCGCCAUUAAGGUCAUCGACAAGGAGAAGAUCCUCAAAGGCGGCCUCAUCGCCCACAUCAAGCGCGAGAUCUCCAUCCUCCGCCGCGUCCGCCACCCCAACAUCGUCCAGCUCUUCGAGGUCAUGGCCACCAAGGCCAAGAUCUACUUCGUCAUGGAGUACGUCCGCGGCGGCGAGCUCUUCAACAAGGUCGCCAAGGGCCGCCUCAAGGAAGAAGUCGCCAGAAAGUACUUCCAGCAGCUCGUCUCCGCCGUCGGUUUCUGCCACGCCCGCGGCGUCUACCACCGCGACCUGAAACCCGAGAACCUCCUCCUCGACGAGAACGGCGACCUCAAGGUCUCCGAUUUCGGCCUCUCCGCCGUCUCGGAUGAGAUCCGCCAGGACGGCCUGUUCCACACCUUCUGCGGCACCCCGGCGUACGUUGCGCCGGAGGUGCUCGGCCGGAAGGGCUACGAUGCGGCCAAGGUGGACAUUUGGUCUUGCGGAGUAGUGCUGUUUGUUCUCAUGGCAGGCUAUUUGCCUUUCCAUGACCACAAUGUCAUGGCGAUGUACAAGAAAAUUUACAAAGGGGAUUUUCGGUGUCCCCGAUGGUUCAGCUCCGAGCUUGUGCGGCUGCUGACUCGGCUCCUGGACACGAAUCCGAACACGAGGAUCACCAUUGCGGAGGUGAUGGACAAUCGGUGGUUUAAGAAGGGGUUUAAGCACAUUAAGUUUUAUAUCGACCAUGACGACAGGCUGUGUAAUGUUCACGAGGACGAGGGGGACGACAGUGAUGCCAGCUCAGUUAUGUCUGAUCAGUCCUGUAUGUCGGAGUCCGAGGCUGAGUUUGAGACCAGGAGGAAGCUAACGUCUUUGCCGAGACCGGCGAGCUUGAAUGCCUUCGAUAUCAUUUCGUUUUCGCCCGGGUUUGAUUUGUCGGGAUUGUUUGAGGAGCGCGGGGAGGAGGCCAGGUUUGUGUCCGGUGCUCCGGUGGAUAAGAUCAUAUCGAAAUUGGAGGAGAUUGCGAAAGUUGUGAGCUUUUCGGUGAGGAAGAAGGAUUGCAGGGUGAGCUUGGAAGGGUCUAGGGAGGGCGUGAAGGGGCCGUUGACGAUUGCGGCUGAGAUAUUCGAGUUGACGCCGUCGUUGGUGGUGCUUGAAGUGAAGAAGAAAGCAGGGGAUAAAGGAGAGUAUGAGCAGUUUUGUAAUGCGGAGUUGAGACCCGGGUUGCAGAAUUUGAUGAUUGAGGAACCUGCUGGUGGUUCUCUUGUUUCAGGGGGCUCGAUGGUGUCAGUUGAAUCUCUAGCUUCAGGUGGUUCGGUUGUUUCAGUAGGUUCUCCGUCUUCAAUUCAUCAUCUACCAUCGGAUACGGAGUAAGGAGGAAGAUAGUGCAAUUGGGUAUGCCCCUUUUCACCUGUCACUCCUCUAAUUUGCUAAGGCUGUUGUAAAGUUUCCUCCUUUGUUUUUGAUUUGUUUUGUUUUGGGAAUAGGCGAGCUCUAGAGGAUACUGCUUUGUUAUUGUAUUUCCUGUUCGUUUAUCAAGAGAUCCUAGAUUAGAAUUAUAGAGAAUGGAAUACACAUCUCUCUAGUUAAUCUCGGAAUUUUGGUGGAUGAAUGAUUGUAUAUGCUUACAUUAAGCUUCUUCUACUUCAUACUAACAUGAAUUCAUUUGAUACUUGAGCUUUAA